AUGGAACUUGACGAGGCAUCCACAGCCGACGGCCAUUAUGAUCGAAUUAAGGCUAUUUGUGGACAAAUCAGGCUCGCUAUCGAUAAAUCGGAUCGUCAUUUACUAAAAAAUGUAACCGAUCCUCAGGGCCAACAAUUACCUACAGAAGGAACGAAAAUGAAUGAACGUCAUACAUUUGACAGCGUACAUCCACAAUCAACAUCUCAUCUCAUAAUUAAACGUUCCAUUCCAGUAGUACCAGUUCUGACAGGUCCUCAAAUACCUCGCCGCGAACGAGAAGAAACACAUGAACGUUAUUGUCGCGCGUUGUUAACAUUAUUCAUGCCAUGGUGA